GGCGUUUCUUCAUCAAUUAAAGCGCAGUUCACGUUUACAUUCGUACUGUACGACGCCGAGUACCUGCUCACUGAGUUACACUUAUGAAGUCUCCCUGCAGCACAGCCAGCAUGGGAACCCAAAGAAAGGACAGCUUCCUCUGGGGGAAAGCACCUUCAGCUUUCAAUUUAAAUGACAAGAGGCAGACUGAUGUCCAUAAGCAUGUGCUUCUAGAUGAUAUUCAGAAACUCAGGCUGGAGAUCGAAAACAUGAUGACAGAAAUUCAAACGAUGGAGGCCGAUGAUGAGAAUAAAAAUGUUAUGAAGAACAAGAGAGUCCAGUGUGGAAAAAAGAAGUUUAACAUGGACCCAGAAAAGGGUAUCCAGUACCUAGUGGACAAUGAACUUUUGGUGUGGAAACCAGAGGCUGUGGCAGAGUUCCUCUAUAAAGAAGAAGGCCUCAAUAAAACAGCUAUUGGCAACUUUUUAGGAGAAAGGGAGGAGAUCCACCUUCAGAUCCUGCAGGCCUUUGUUGACCUUCAUGAGUUCUCAAAUCUUAAUCUGGUUCAGGCUUUGAGGCAGUUCUUGUGGAGUUUCCGUCUACCUGGUGAGGCUCAGAAGAUCGACCGCAUGAUGGAGGCCUUUGCUCUGCGGUACUGCACCUGUAACGCUGGGGUUUUUCAGUCCACAGACACCUGCUACAUCCUUUCCUUUGCUAUCAUCAUGCUCAACACAAGUUUGCACAACCCCAAUGUGAAAGACAAGACCACACUAGAACGUUUCAUUAGCAUGAACAGAGGAAUCAACCAUGGAGAAAAUCUUCCCAAUGAACUACUCGAGAAACUUUAUGAGAGCAUUAAGAACGAACCCUUUAAGAUCCCAGAAGAUGACGGCAAUGAUCUCACUCACACCUUCUUUAAUCCUGACAGAGAGGGCUGGCUUCUAAAAGAAGGUGGCCGAAUAAAAACCUGGAAGCGGAGGUGGUUCAUUUUGACUGAUGGCUGUCUCUACUAUUUCCAAUAUACCACUGACCAAGAACCAAAAGGAAUCAUUCCGCUAGAGAACUUGAGUGUUAGAAAAGUGGAGGAUGCACACAAACAGUUCUGUUUGGAGUUGUUCAGCCCUUAUCGUAAAGGAGAGACGAUAAAGGCAUGUAAAACAGAGACAGAUGGCAGAGUUGUGAUGGGCAAACAUCACUCCUACAGACUCAGUGCUGCUUCUGAUGAGGAGUGUGCUGACUGGAUCCAGGCCAUCAGAGCUUGCAUCACAAAAGACCCUUUCUAUGACCUGGUAUCUGCACGCAAGAAGAAGAUCAUCGGCCACACUGAACAACACGACUGAAGCAGCCAGAAGAACUGAGGGGAUCUGAUCGUUUUAAACAGUUGCACACAGACUGAAAAGGACAUUAAUGGUUACAGAGGACUGAAUUAGCUUGAAAUGAUGAAUGAGGUUCUCAGGGUGCUAAUUCUCUGUCUGUCUCUCUCUCUCUCUCUCAGCACUUAGAGGUCACUGCUGCUGUGUGUGUAGCCACAGGGUUCGCUUACACGGUGGUGGUGUUGUGGUCAGGCUUUCUGUGAAAAAAUAUUUUCCUAUUUAUUUAACGGUUACGAGAAAUGUCUUGGAAAGAUUUUAUUUGUAAAAUAUUGUGAAAUAUCCAUAUCUAAACAUUAAACAGUUUGUAUAGUGUUCCUGGUAACUGUAGGAUUUUUCUGCUCCUGUUUAAGUGAGAGUUUUGCUUUAUUUUCAAUGAAAAACAUUUAAAUUAAGCUACAUUUCAAAGCAUUUAAUAAGGUAUUUGUGUUUUGACGCACAAUUUGGAUUUUUUUUCUUUGUAUCACUCCAUUUGACUAACGCACAUUUAUCGUUUUAUAAUUAUAGCAUUUUUAAAAAAUAAUCAACUAAAUAUGUGUGUUGUCAGUUAGCAUUAAAAUUUAUCAGGUUGAAAUUGUCCAUAUUCUGUACAUAAUAAAUGACUUAUUUAAUGAAUGUA